GACAACAACAAAAAAAAGUUGCUGGAGAUUUUGAAGAUGGCCGAACCAAAGAGGUAACGAAAAUUUAUCGUUUUUGAUUGCUUUUAUUUUAGUGAAUCUUUGAUGAUGGUCACAAAAGAUCUCUCUUUGAUUUUAGUUUUGGAUUUUGUAGAACCAAACAUAGGCUAGGGUUUCUUACAGUGUGUUUUGGGAUAUGUUCUUAAUCUGGGUGAAGGAUUGAGGAAAGUGAUAUGCUUUUGAUAUCAAUUGGUUCUUUCGGUUAAACCCUUUUUGAUUGUUACCAUUACUCAGAAAAUUUGAGAGAUUUAGGAGAUUUUUGCUUUAUAGAUUUUAGGAUACUUUAGCUCAAUGAUCAUGACAGAGGUAGAUACUGAUUCCUGCUUCAUCUUCUUUAAAGGUUUGUCGUUUUGAGUGGUCACUUAUGCCAUUGUGUUCAUUUCUUUGGAAAGUUAGCAGAUUGGAUUGAUUAGCCUGAACCCUGAAGUAUGUUUCUCUUUUUUGGAAUUUUCUUUCGCUUGUGUCUAUAGUUUCCUCUAUUAGAGUUGUGAAUGCUUGCUGCAUCAGAACGGUCCUUCAAUGUGUUUAUAAGAUCAAUUCUGAAGUCAAUGGGCUGUGUUAAUUUUGUGGAGGGAUGUAUAUUCAUAGAUAUGAAGUUCUAAGCCUUAUAUGGCGGUCUUUUAUGAAGGAAGUGUAAAGCAGAUCUUUCUCUACUACACCCAUUGAAAAAGGAAAUGGAAGAGGGAGGUCUAAUUGUGUUAAUGUUCAUGGAUUUUCAUAUUCCAGCAGAAUUUUUAAUAACUGGGGCGUGUUCAAUGGGAUGAAGCUAAUAUAGUGGAGAUUGAAUCUAACAAACCUGUUAGGCAGAAGAUUACUGAACCAAAGACACCGUACCACCCGAUGAUUGAUGAUGAUGGUUCUCUGUCUCCUAGAGGAAGAUCGUUUGAUGAAUGUGUUGAUGAUAUGCAACGAGCCGAAGAAUUGAGGAUUGUUCUGAAUGAUGCAGCAGCUUCUUCCAGUAGAAAUAGUAGCCAGGGUUCUGGUGGUGGUGGCUGGAGCUCGUCUGAUGAAGAAGAAGCAGAUCCGAUGGAGCAAGAUGAAGAAGGUUCUGGAAGUGGGAAAAAUGAACGUUUCAACGCACACAGAAAAGCACAUUACGACGAGUUUCGGAAGGUGAAGGAACUGAGAUCCUCAGGGUCAUUCUAUGAAGAAGAAGAGGAAGAGGAUGAUGGUGCAAAAGGCAGUAAAUCAGAGGCAACAACCUCGCGACACACUAAAGGCGGAAACAAAGAGUUAGAUGCAGCCACAACGGUAUCAGGGAUGUCUUCUUCAUCCCCGAGUUAAUAUAAACCUCUCUGUUCAAUCAAAUGUGUGCUCUGCUCCAGGUUUUACAGAGCUCUCUAUCUCAACUAAUCUUCCAGAAAUGUAAGAAGAAAAAAAAGAAAAAAAAACCAUCAAAAUUCUGAAAUUAUGUGAUUGUCUUUAUAGCAUUUUGAAUGCAAUUUCUUACUGUCACUUUUGUUCUUCCAUGUUCUUACAUUGUAGCAUGUUCUUUUGUCUGAU